UUUGCAUCAGUUCCAAACUGCAAAACAAAGCUAUACCUCUGUUCCUGUACCCUAAUUUGGAGCAGAUCAAAAUUAAAUUCAUUCAAAGCUAUCGUAUCUAAAAAUGGCUCCGACUAUAGCAGCAACACUACCUUUCUGUGCCCAAUCGAAACCUGCCGGCGGUGAAAUCUCCGGCGUACCGGAGGCGGAGAUGCUUAGAAAGAGAAACGAAGAGCUGGAGAAAGAAUUGAAGAAGAGCGUAGAGAGAGAAAUGAAAAUGAAAGAAGAGCUGGAAAAGACAUGGAGGAGGCUGAAGGUGGCGGAAGAGGCGGAGGAACGCCUUUGUUUUCAGUUAGGUGAAUUGGAGGCGGAAGCUGUAGAUCAAGCUCGGGAUUAUAGAGCCCGUGUUGUUAAUUUAAUGGAACAACUUUCAGCCCUACAAAAACUUCUUCUAUCAUCAUCAUCUUCUGCUUCUAAGUGAUUUUGUCGUUGAUCAGUUUUUAGUGUAAAAAAAAAAUUUAUAUAUGCAUGCACCUAGUCUAGCUAGUUUUUUUUUUUUACUUGUAUAUUGGAUCAAUUCUUCUUCUUCUUAAUUCUACGUUAGACCUUAUUUUCCGGUGCAUUAUUUUA